CGAGGUUCGUCCCACCUGCCUGUUUCAACGUGGAGAAGUUUUGGGAUGUGAGACGUGAGGAACACAUCGAUGAAAGCAAAAGGAGCGAAGAAUGGAGAGGGAAGUGUCACAAAAACGCUACGCCUGAUCUUCGACAACACGGAGCCAUGCCAAACAAGGAUGACAUUUGUUCGGGACUGCACUCGACUAAAGCUCGUGACCUGUUUACUCCGCUGUGUCAACAAAUGCAAAUUGAUGUGAGCGGCCACUGGGUAAAAGAUGAGCGACUUGACCUCUGACCCGGAGGGCAUCGUCAAGUACGUGGUCAGCACCAAGUUGCGGUGCGACAGCGCCUCUGCGCUACAGCGGAGAGAAGCAACAGGUUGUCCGGCGCAGUUCGACGGGGUGGUGUGCUGGUUGCCUACCCCUCCAGGGGUAACAGCGCUGCAGCAAUGCCCGCAACUGUUGCAACAGACGGAGGACGUUCUUAUAGUUAACCGCACGUGUGAUGAGACGGGCGAUUGGAGAAACGUCUCCGGCCCCGACUAUGGAACCUUGUGCGGGUUGAACGAGUCACAGCUGAGUGCGAUGGAGCAGACGAGGGCUCGUCUGGAGACGAGAGAGACAGAGUCCGUGGUGACGGAGGUGAGGAAACACGUGCUGCAGCUGUACCAGGAGUGCAUCAACAAGAGCCGUCACACGCCCCACUCAGAAGGUCACUGCCCUGUGCAGUUCGACGGCUUCUCCUGCUGGGACCAGACGCCCGCCGGCCAGAUGGCGCAGCAUCCCUGCCCCAGCUUCAUCACCGGGUUCGACCCCACGCGUUUCGCGCGUCGGAGUUGCCUGGGCAACGCUACGUGGUAUCGCCUGCCGGAGCAGGCCAACUCCACUCUGGGCUGGUCCAACUACACGACCUGUGUCGACGUCGAUGACCUGGAGUUCAGGCUGAACGUGAAUUCGCUGUACGUCUGCGGGUACUCCAUCUCCUGCCUGGCGCUGUUCAUCUCGCUCGUCAUAUUCCUGUCCUUCAGAUCGCUAAACUGCACGAGGAUCCUGAUACACGUCCACCUGUUCCUCUCGUUCGCCGCCAACAACGUGAUGUGGGUGGUGUGGUACCUGUGCGUCGUCGAGGCACCCGAGAUCAUCCAGAAGAACGAGUGGCCGUGCCAGCUGCUGCACGUGCUGCUGCAGUACAUGAUGGUCGCCAACUACAUGUGGAUGUUCUGCGAGGGCCUGCACCUGCACCUGGCGCUCGUCGUCGUGUUCGUCAAGGACGAGGUGGCCAUGCGGUGGUUCUACUGCGUGGGCUGGGGCGCACCUGCCGCCAUCACGCUGGCGUACGCGCUGGCGCGCUUCUACCGCAGCGAGGACGACACCAGGCAGUGCUGGAUCAACGAGAGCGAGACGCAGUGGAUCCUCACGGUGCCCGUGCUGGUGUCGCUGGUGGCGAGCGCCGUGUUCCUCGUGAACGUGGUGCGCGUGCUGCUGACCAAGCUGCACAGCAGCUCGGCGCACCCGGCGCCCGCGGGGCUGCGCAAGGCGGUGCGCGCCACGCUGAUCCUCGUGCCGCUGUUCGGCCUGCACCACAUGCUCAUCCCGGUCAAGCCGCACCGCAACGAGCCCGCCGAGUACUUCUACCAGAUAUUCGCCGCCAUCGUCGUCUCGCUGCAGGGUUUCUGCGUGUCGUGCCUGUUCUGCUUCGCCAACGUGGAUGUGCACUACGCGGUGAGGCCGUUCCUGCGGCGCGCGUGCCCCUGCCUCCGGCCGGGGGCGGCGCUCACGGACAGCGGCGGCGGCGGGUGCGCCGUCAACACGCAGACGCAGAGCCGCGACGUGUGCGUGUGA